AUGUCGAGUGCAGUGGCUCUUCUCGGACAAGACGUGGAUUUCACAUGUAUCGUGAAUGAUCUUGGAAGUCAUAUGGUAGCAUUCAUCAAAGCGGACUCACCACCACGGCUGCUCUCUUUCGACGAGAAAGUGUUUCGGCGGAGGGAUAAGUACGAAUUGAAGCCGAGGAUUGGCGAUCUUCAUAACGAAUGGGUGUUGACGAUUAAGAAUGUUCAGGAAUCCGACCGCGGCAACUACUCCUGCCAGAUCAACACGGAGCCAAUAAUUCUCUCAACCGGGGAGCUCGAUGUGAAAGUCCCACCAAUCGUUUCUCGCAGCACGCCAGCGGCCGUUGAAGUUCGUGAAGGGAACAACGUGAGUCUGACAUGCAAAGCCGACGGAAAUCCGACUCCAACAGUCAUCUGGAGACGUCAGGAUCGUCAAAUAAUCCGAUACAACGGUGCGACUGGAUUCGGAGCAAGUGUCUUCCACGGACCAGUCCUCCACCUGACCAAAGUAUCCCGUAAACAUAUGAGUGAAUAUGUGUGUGUUGCAAGUAAUGGAAUACCUCCGGAUGAGUCAUGGACUGUCAAGUUGCUGGUUACAUUCGCUCCAUUGGUUCAAGCCCAAUCUGAAACAGUUCAAGCAAGUGUUGGAUCAAUGGCCAGGAUGGUGUGCACUACGGAGGCGUGGCCGAGACCAGAAAUGGGAUGGGAGAAGGAUGGAGAACCGAUUUAUGAGAGUAAUAAUGUGGCGAUGACGCACACCGUGUCUGGCCAAUACCACAGUGUCCACAUCCUCGAAAUCCGAAAUGUCCAAUCUUCCCAUUUCGGAGUCUAUCGAUGUGUCGCCAAGAAUGAUAAUGGAAUUCAUCAUGCACAAGUUACACUCAAUCAAAUCUCUCACAACCACUUCACCCACUCGAAUCUUAUUCCAGAAGGCUCCGGAAUGACACGUGGAUAUUCAGAAGAUGAUGAAGACGAUGAGAUGGAUCCAGAAGAAGUCGACGGAGAAGAUGAAGAUGAUUCUCAAGAAGUGCCCUCAUCACCUCCACAACUGGAAUUCUAUUCACAAGCACGACGACACGAGUCUCGAAAUGCUCCGACCACACAUUCAGGCAUGAAACACAGUUUAUAUUUUGAGUGUCCAGAAGAUGCAUAA